GCGUCAAGUCGCGUGAAGAAUCGCGCAUUCUUAAUGGACACAUGGAAUAAGGAAACACAUUGUAUAAUCAUGGAAGAUUAAAACGGGCACAAAUCAGAGGACUUAGGAAGCCGAGGAACAAAUCCAACCGAUGGGACAGGCGCUAAUUAAUGUGCUAAAACCUCUGAUCCAGCUGGAGGCUGAGCCUGACCGAUCAAGAAGGGAUAAUAUCCGAAUAUAAGGAGUACCGGGAGGCAGCGUGGGCGUGGUUAUGAAUCAUAAGCGCAAAACAUGUCCUGUAGAAUGGGUCACGUGAUGAAAUGUGGCGUUCAGGUGCCUGUGACGUCAUCACAACAUUGGCGGCGCGGAUCUACUGUGACGUCAUAUCUCCUGAACCCUAUAAAAAACAGAGCACUUGUCGCACUCGCAUCAUACUGUACACAAAGUAUAAGCGAUCAGCAGCAGUCAAGGAAAUAAAUUAAGAAUUUCAAAAUGGCAAACGAUUCCUUCAGACCUGUUACACACCAACCACAAUUCCACCUCAUGCAUAAUUCUGUUAUCCCACCCCAGUCCUACCCCAUGCAUAAUCCUGUUAUCCCACCCCAGUCCUACCCCAUGCAUAAUCCUGUUAUGCCACCCCAGUCCUACCCCAUGCAUAAUCCUGUUAUGCCACCCCAGUCCUACCCCAUGCAUAAUCCUGUUAUGCCACUCCAGUCCUACCCCAUGCAUAAUCCUGUUAUGCCACUCCAGUCCUACCCAGUGGCCCACCACUUCCUGCCACAACAAUUCUAUGGGGCACGCAUGAUGUUGGCGAUGCAAACCCAAUUCAUCCCACUGGUCCAGCAGCAGAAUCCAGCAGCCAUACAUGAGACCUUUUCCCAUGCUAAUGGUUACAUGAAUGCUGGAGGGUUUUAUUUCACGCCUCAGCCUCUUCAGCACAACCUGCCAUGUCUGGUCAAAAGGCAGCAUAAACCAAUUAGAAUUCAAGAACCUGAUGAUGGAGACCGAGAUAUCACCCUAGAUGAGCUUCUAGGAGGGAAACCUGCGUCCUCUAUGACAGCACUUCCUGUCACAGAUAAAGGUGUUCAGGUGUCUGAGCCUGAACCUCAGUUCGUGUCUGAGCCUGAACCUCAGUUCGUGUGUGAGCCUGAACCUCAGUUCGUGUAUGAGCCUGAACCUCAGUUCGUGUAUGAGCCUGAACCUCAGUUCGUGUAUGAGCCUGAACCUCAGUUCGUGUGUGAGCCUGAACCUCAGUUUGUGUGGAACCCUGAUGUUCAGUUUGUGUGGAUGCCUGAUCCUCAGCCCGUGUGGGAGCCUAAACCUCCGUUUAUGUGUGAGCCUGAACCUCAGUUUGUGUGGAAGCCUGAUCCUCAGCCCAUGUCUGAGCCUGAACCUCAGGUUAUGUGUGAGCCUGAACCUCAGUUUGUGUGUGAGCCUGAACCUCAGCCUAUGUGGAAGACCGAACCUGAGCCCGUGUGUGAGCCUGAACCUCAGCCCGUGUGUGAGCCUGAACCUCAGCCCGUGUGUGAGCCUGAACCUCAGCCCAUGUGUGAGCCUGAACCUCAGCCCGUGUGUGAGCCUGAACCUCAGUUCGUGUGUGAGCCUGAACCUCAGGAGGAAGAGUACAAGAAGAAGGAGCAGAGUGAGCAAGUCGUGGAGCAGAACGAACAACUUGCUCCAAAAAAACCAACAUGGGCAGAAAUUUUAAAGGGUGAAAAGCAGACAAAGAACGUUAAGAAGAUCAGGGAGAAGAAAACAAAGACUGAGAAAGCUGAAGUUCACAAGCAGCAAGAAAAACAACAGCUGUCUAAGCAUGAACGCAAGGAAGAGAACAAGAAGGAAAAGCAGAGUGAGGACGUCGUGGAGCAGAACAAGCAAGUUGCCCCGUCCACCCUCUCAACUCCUAAAAUAGCUACAUGGGCAGAAAUUGUGAUGGUCAAUAAGCAGACGGAGAAGACUCAAGAGCAAAAGAAACAAGACAAACAAAAGCUGUCUGCAAACGCACAGAAAUCUUCCCUCAGCAAGAACACUAAGAAAGUAGAGCUUUACAUCUGGAACCUCGACUACAGCGUGGACAACAAGCGCCUGUACAAGGAGUUCCACCCAUUCGGAACCAUCAUCCACGCCAAGGUGAUGAUGGAGGACGGCCGCUCCAGGGGAUUUGGCUAUGUCAGCUUUUCCUCACAAGCCGAAGCAUUAACAGCCAUUAAAGAAAUGAACGGGAAGAUGUUGGAACGAAGGCCAUUGAAUGUGUCUCUCUCUAAAGUAAAAAAGAAUCAUAAGCCUUACCACACUCAGGGAAAACAAAACACAGAGAGUAGCCGACCAUCCAAACCCCGACAGAGUCCUCGCGUCGACGCAUAGAGUCAUCCCGCCGUUGCAUGCACCUGCCAGGAAGCCAAUGAAUAAACACACAAAAAACCCCACACAGAAACACAAAGGAACAAACAUGUUAAUCAAUUAAUCUAUUAAUAAAUAAACUUAAUGUAAAAUGAUGAACAAUACUCUUGUUUUUUUUUUUUUUUUUAUUCUAAUUCAUUAGAGUCUCUCUUCCCCCUUCAUGGA